UGUUCAGUGUUAUUAACAAUUAAUUAAUAACAGCUAGUAACAGCAAUUAAUUGCUCAUCCCCCAGAGGGUUUAGGACCCUAUAUUUUGGGGAUAGGGCAGGGAUGAGGCUCACAGUGGUGGGAUAUUUACAUUCCCCCGAGGUGCUGGACAACACAUCCUGAACACCCAGCAUCCAGAGAUGGCUGCUGAGGUCCAAGGGGCUCUUUCCCUCUCCAUCCUCCCUUUUCCACCAGAGAGUAGUGAGCUUUCUCUCUGCCACUCCCUUCUCUGCAGGAGGAGCAGGGAGCAGCUGAGCCUGCAGGAAAGCUGGGCAGAGAGGAGUUAACUCCAAACCCAACCUCAGGGAGAGGGAAAAAAAAACAACAGAGAACUAUGGAUCAGCAGCAAGAGCAGAGGGAGGGAAAAGGGGGAGUCAGAGAGAGAGGAGAGGAGCUCCAGAAGGAGAGAGAGCAGAGCUGGUGGCGAGCAGAGGGAGACAGCAGAGCACCAGGCAGGAGUGACUGGGAUGAUCAAGCUGCCCAGAUAAACUCUUCUAUGGUAUGCAUCCUCCUGCUACCAUUGUGUGGGCUGGACUGGAAGUCUCCCCCUGAGCAAGUGGCAAAGCUGCAGGCUCUUCCUCAAAAAGGUGGCUCCAGGGUCUCCUCCACAUCCUCACCUACCUGCUACCAUCCAGCCCUUGACCACUUCUCAGCAUCAAGAAAAGGUCCCUGCAGUCUGACAGGAAGAUGCCAGGGGGAUUGAACAUCUCUUCUGACAGCCCAGAGCUACGAGCAGCAGGGAUUAUUGUGCCCAUCAUCUUCUCCCUCAUCUUCCUUGUGGGUACUGUGGGAAAUGGGCUGGUGCUGGCUGUGUUGCUGUGGAAUGGCCAAGUCAAGUACUCCACCACCAACCUCUUCAUCCUCAACCUGGCUGUGGCUGACCUGUUCUUCAUCAUCUGCUGUGUCCCUUUCCAGGCCACCAUUUACACCCUGGAUGGGUGGCUCUUUGGGGCCUUUGCCUGCAAGGCUGUGCAUUUCCUGAUCUACCUCACCAUGUAUGCCAGCAGCUUUACCCUGGCUGCUGUCUCUGUUGACAGGUACUUGGCCAUUCGCUAUCCACUGAAGUCCCGGGAUCUCCGCACGUCCCAAAAUGCAGGAGUAGCCAUUGUGGUAAUCUGGUCACUGUCGCUGCUCUUCGCAGGGCCUUACCUCAGUUACUACCAGAUAAUCCAUUAUCACGGUGUGCCCAUCUGUGUCCCUGUCUGGGAGGACCAGCGCCGAAAGGUUCUGGACAUCCUCACGUUUAUAUUUGGAUACCUGCUGCCUGUGACCGUGGUGAGCCUGGCAUACACUAGGACCAUCAAGUUCUUGUGGACUUCUGUAGACCCCGUAGAAAGAAUCUCAGAGUCUCGGAAAGCCAAGAGUAAGGUCACCAAGAUGAUUGUCACAGUGGCCAUCCUGUUCUGCCUCUGCUGGCUGCCCCACCACCUGGUCAUCCUCUGCUUCUGGUUUGGCCACUUUCCCUUCAAUCGGGCCACUUAUGCUUUCCGCCUGGCUUCCCACUGCCUUUCCUACACCAACUCCUGCCUCAACCCCAUUGUCUAUGCCCUCAUCUCCAAGCAUUUCCGCAAGCGUUUCAAGCAGGCCUUCACCUGCCUCUUCUUCCAGAACAAGAUCAGGAAAAAGAAGAAGAGAGUUGGAAGGAAAACCCGUAUGGUCAAUGUGGGAAGAGGUUUUGCCAACAGGGCAGGAGCUUCCUAUGGAGGCAACACUGAGGUGACCCAAGUCCCAGAGGAGAACACCAGGAAGAGGGACCAUGAAGAUGCCAGUUGUGCCAGAGCAGGGACUCGGCUGGUACAAGAUGCCAUAGUCUCUGUUCAGAAGGAGCUACUGGAGGAGGAAAUUUUGGCAACAGCUGGCCAUUCCCUAGAUGUGACCCCUCUAAAAGGAACUGCUGGACAAGACAAAGAAGAAGCCUUAGAAAAGGGCUAGAUGGGAAAGAGAGAAGUCUCCAUUCGCAUCACAUUUUCUGACCACAUUGGGGUGGUUUUGCUUUCCUCCAGGAUCAUCAUGCCCAAGCCUUAUCCCCACUGAGAUGGUUUUAUGUUGCCAGUGAGAGAUGAGCUCAUUCAGACCCAUUAAACUGAGUUCAAGUCCCCCAGAACUCCUCAAAUGCCUCCUCCAUGAUCCUGUAGCCGUGUCUGAGAUCUGCCAUUAUCCCACCUCAAUAUUCACAGUAAACUUUAAGUGGCUACAACAGCUUUCCUUUUCUCUGAUUAAGAAUGGCGUUUUAUUAGUGCUGUGUGGAUCCUUAAUAUGUAACUCUUAACAUGUGGCAGAUCUGCACCUAUAAUUUCUUAAGAGAAGGUGAAAGAUGGGAAGCUUAGGAAAAAGUGUUUAGGGAAAGCUAAAGUGACAUUGUGGGACACCCAGACUUCCACACUGAAGCUGGGAAACAAUUACAGGUUGUCAUGGCACUUGUAGGUAUCCUGAGCCCUGCAUGGGCUACAAAAUCCUCUGAUGUCCUCAUUUGUAUGUAUGUAUGGUGCUGGAAAUUGUGUCAAAAAUAAAGGGGUUUUGGCCCCAGCCAGUGCUAUAGGCAUUGUCCUGGGUGACAUCAGGAAGCUUGCAGAGCUGUGAUGUGCAUGAGCAGAGCCAUGAUCUCCCCCUUAUUUCUCUUCUUUUUCUGUUCCCUACUUCUGUUUGCGUAAAUCUUCCCUUUUUGCUUUGUCCUGCCCACUCUUAAUUCCCAGGUGACAUGGUAUUUCUAAUGCUCACUGAAGCUGUUGUAUGCCUUGCUGGAGCUCAGCUCCAAGGACAUCCCUUUUUCUGUGCAGAGGCUAACUGAAGAGGAAGGCCAACUGCACUGGGAAUUAGUUUUCUUUUUCUGUUCAAGUGCUUGAUGCUGCUUUCUGCACUUUGAGCCUCCCUUGCCUCUAUCCCUGUUUCUGAUUUUUCCACCCCUCUCCUUUCCUGGCAGCUGCCACUCCUCUACGGCGAAUGUCUUUCAGAAAUGUGUCCAGUGUGCCUUACCCACCUUCCUGGGAACAGCGAGUUCUGCAGCCACCCUCUGCACAUGAUGCCAUGGCUGCUGGCCAGCUCACAUGGCCUCAUCAUUUCUUUAGGUGAAGAUUCAUUCCACAGCUCAAAGCAUUGGAGGGAGAAGGGAACAGCAGUCAGGAACAAUGGCACAGCUGGAUGCUGCCUGCUCUUGCCUAGAAACAGCUGGGCUGUUGCUCACCCCUGAACCUGCUCCUCCUGGUCCCAGCUUGCAAAAGGAGAAGAUCAGAUGAGGACUGACUGCUGCACAUUGGGGUGAAGCCCAAAAGAAAUAGGACAGAGAGGUCAGGGAAGUUCUUGGGGAGACGGUGCAUUUAGCAUGGCAAGUGGCUGCAAACCCUGGGCCUCUUCACUAAACUCUGUGUGGUGCUAAGCCCCAGUUUUGGGGAGCACAUGAGCAGGAAGGGCAGGUGCUGAGCCUGGGAUGGGAAGGCUCUGGAGCCAGAAGCUAAUUCCUGUCUAUCCAGUACCAGUGUACAUGCUCCAACUGGUUUCUCAGCUCAGAAGCAGAGGUGAAGCAAGAUGUCAUAUCCUUGAUAUAAGUCAGGUUUAAUUAAAACUGAAGGAGUUUGAUUGCUGCUUUCCACGCAGCCUUCCCUCCAGACUGAUUGGCAUUCUGCAGUCUCUGCUCCCAGCUUCUUGCCUUAAUUAAUGACUCUUUUC